GUUUAAAUAGACAAGAAGCUGUGUGCAAAAAGGAUAAAAGUCGGAUGAUUUAGCAAUGAAUUCUCUCUAUGUUUGGCUCUUUGCAUCCAUGUCAGUCUCAGUGCAGGGUCACACAGCUUCUGCUAAUGGGUGGUCAAUGACAAUUGCGGAUUAUGUGACGGCUGAGGAAGGAGGCGCCGCUGUUUUGCCCUGCAGUUUCACCCACCCAGACACUAAUCUCACACUCACCGGCUCUGUGAUAUGGAUGAAACAUUCCAAAGGUGUUAUCUUUAACUGUACAUACCCUGGCACAGGCCAUUCAAAGGGUGAGCUGUGUGAGAAUGUGAUACAGCAGGACGGUGGGAACAGAUUCAGAUUUGUGGGGAACCUCAGCAACAAUGAUGCCUCAAUAUUAGUAGACGGACUGGGCCAGGAGGAUAACGGUUCCCAUCGGUGUCGUGUUGAACUCAACCUUGACAGAUUUGGAACUAGGAAAGGAACAAAACUGGAAGUGACAGCUUCUCAGGAAGAAGUUUCAGUGGUGAGUGGGACAGAGGGAGAGUCAGUCACUUUACCCUGCAUCUUCAAGACCAAGCGCAAUUACCCCCUGACUGCUGUUGCCUGGAUGAGGAAGGAGCCCUACCAACACAUCAUUACAUUUACAGCCCAAUCACAGGGAAAUUGGACAACUGGAAACGGUGGAAAUCAAUAUGAACUCAUCGGGAGCCCAGAGGAGGGAAAUGCCUCGACCAGGAUAAAUCAGCUGAGUGUGAGGGACAAUCACACUUUCCUGUGUCUGGUGGAAUACAGUUCAAAACCCGAUUCUCAGUAUCUGAUCCAGAAAGAGACACGGCUGCUGGUCAUGCCUGUGAGGAGGAUUGAGUCCAUUAACAAAAAUCAGCUGGUCAUCCCACUGCUCAGCGUCCUGCUCAUCUUCUUCAUCCUCAUCAUUGUACUCAUUAUUUUCAGGAAGAAAGGAGGGUAUUCACAGAAAAUAGAGCAGACUACAUCUUUGAAAAGGAAUGACCCAGGUUUGUCCAGCAUUCCCAGGACUGAUGAGGCCCAACAGCCGCCUGCUCCAGAUCAGGACGGUUCUAGCUUCUAUGUUGAGAUUGACAACAACAGAACAGCUCAGCCUGAUCCGUGUACCUAUGCCAACAUCGUGUUUGACAGUAACAAAAAAGCUCAAGAUGGCAAGAUUCUCUCAGUUACUGAUUCAGAAGAGACAGACGUAACCUAUGCAGCCAUUGUGAACACAUGUUAGGAGUGAGCAUUCACAUUGCUGGCUCAAACAGUAACAGAAGAAGGUGCAGACAAGCUGGAGACAAAGAUAUGUACAAAUGGAGAUUCAGCCAGAAAAUUAUAGCUGAUUGGUCAUGGACUAAUGACAAGUAAUCAAUGACAAAGACCUUCUUGCUGCCAACAACUAUGUGAUUUGUUCCUGGUAACUGAACAUCUUUUGGAUGUAAACAAAACAGGGAGAAGCUAUCAGACCUCCACCAGCUGAGGAACUUUUCAUCAUCAGCUAUGUUCCCUGAAAUAAAAGAUACCAUAAAU